AUGAAGAAAAUUAAUAAUAAAGAAAAGGAUAAAGAUAAUAUAACAGCUGUUAGUUUUUUUAAUGUAACAUUAAUAUCUAUUAUAUGUCUUAUAACAAUAAAAACAUGUUUAAUUCGAAGUUACACUUCAACAGAUUUUGAAGUUCAUAGAAAUUGGAUGGCAAUAACAUUUUCAAAAAAAUUAUCGGAAUGGUAUUAUGAGAAUACAUCUGAAUGGACAUUAGAUUAUCCACCAUUUUUUGCAUAUUUUGAAUGGUUACUAGCUCAAGGGGCUCAUAAAAUAGGUUUAAAAAAUUCAUUAGAAAUAUCUGAAAAACCUAUAAUGAAUGAUGGUAUUUUAUACUAUCAACGAUUUACAGUAAUUUUAAGUGAUAUAUUUUAUUAUUUUGGUGCAAUAGUAAUAUCAAACAUAUCGGAAGAAUCACCUUUCAAGGGUGGGAAAGAAUUUACAAAACGAAAAAGAUAUUUUAUCUUUUUUAACUUGGUUUUUUUUGUACCAUUGAUUCUUUUGGAUAAUAUUCAUUUUCAAUACAAUGGUUUUUUAACUGGAUUUGUUUUACUUUCAAUUCAUUUUAUUUUUAAAAGAAAGUUACUAGUAUCAGCUUUACUGUCAGCAAUAUUAAUUAAUUUUAAGCAUAUUUAUAUUUACUAUGCUCCAGGAUAUGUAGGAUUUUUUAUAUUUAACUAUCUUUUACCGAUAGAUUUUAAUUUUACAAAACGUAUAAUAUCAUUGGGUGGAUGUGUUUUGAUGCCAAUAUUUUUAAGUUUUGGACCAUUUUUAUAUACAACUGGUCUAGAGGGAUUUUCACAAAUUUUAUCAAGAUUAUUUCCAUUCAAAAGAGGUUUAACUCAUGCUUUUUGGGCACCUAAUUUUUGGGCUUUAUACAAUGGAGUUGAUUUUGUUUUAUAUAAUAUAAGAAAUAUAUUAUCUAAGUAUUUAAAAAAUAGUGAUAUAAUUAAUAAACCUGAAUAUACAAAUGGAUUGGUACAAGAAUAUAAUCAUACAACACUUCCAAAUAUAAAACCAUAUCAUACAAUAGCACUUAUUAUUAUUUUCUUAUCACCUCUUAUUAUAAUAAAUAGGGGAAAAAAAGAUUCUGGAAUUAAAUAUUUACAAUCUAUUCUUAUUUCAUCAAUGGCAUUUUUCUAUUUUGGUUAUCAUGUACAUGAAAAAGCUAUUUUGUUACCCUUAAUACCAUUAAUGAUAUUAUCAUUUAAAAAUCUUGCCUAUAUAUCGUUGUACUUUAAUCUUUAUAUUGUCUCACAUUUUACAAUAUUUCCAUUAAUUUUCUCACCCCUUGAAAAUCUUACCAAAUAUACAUUAUCUAUAGCAAUAACAAUUAUAAUAUCAAUAUUUUUCAAAAUAAUUUAUGGAAUUAAUUUAUGGAAAAGUUUUGAUAAGACCACCAAAUACUUUGCAAUUAUAUCUAUAUUUUUAGAAAUCUUUACUAAAAUAUUUCUACCAAUAUGUUUACCUAAUUUACAAUUUUUACCAAAUAUGUUAACAUCAUGUUUUCAUGCUGUUGUAUUAACCUGGACUUAUAUUAUUUUAGUAAGAGAUAUUUUAAAUCAAGAUGAUGAAAUAAAUAUUAAGAAGAAAAAAUUAUUAAAGGAAGAGUCUAAACUUAAAUUACUUUUAACUGAUAAAUUAAUAACGAGCAUUAAUAAUAUCAAAAUUGUUGCAGCUGUAGAUGGAACUUAUAAUAAAGAUGGUGAUGGACAAAUAUGUAUUUUAGGGAUAUGUUUCUAUGAUUUUAUUAAUAAUAGUGAAAUUGAUUAUUUUGAAAAAAUUAUAAUUAAUACACAACCAUAUAUAUCUUCAUUUUUUGCCGUUAAAGAGGGUGAAUGUACAAUUAAUUUUAUAAAAGAAAUUCUUUAUAAACAUCCUUUAUUAAAACCUGAUGUUGUAAUUAUUGAUGGAAAUGGUAUAUAUCACAAAAGAAAUUUUGGUUUAGCUUCUUAUAUUUCAUGUAAAUUAAAUAUACCAAGUAUUGGUAUUUCUAAAAAUAUCGAUCUAAGUCCAUUGAACAAUGAUUGUGAUGGAAAAAUAAUAAGAAAUGAAAUUAAAAAUGGUUGUAUUAUAAAAAGUAACAUAAACUUAUUUCCUUACGAUAAUAGAUGUCUUAUAUUAAGACAGCCUAAUUCGAAGAAACUAUUAUAUGUAUCCGUUGGAAAUGGUAUGAAAAUUGAAGUAAGUGGAAGAAUUGUUGAGCAUUUAAUUAAAAGUAAUUUACAAAAUAUGCCGGUUAAUGUGUGUGAUAGGAGAACAAGAGAUACAUACAGAGAAUAUUUUGAAAAAUAA